GCCUACAGCCCCAUCUCAACACACACCUACCACCGCCUUGCACCACCCGUCCGCAUCCGCUCCUUACCAUCGCACUUCGCCUACUCUCGGGGCCAUGUGCUGGAUAACCCUCAGCCCCGCCAAACGCCAUCAUCAUCAUACACAUCAUUCCGACCCUGGCUCAUCUGUGGAAGAACUCGUUCGGAUCCGUCACGACGCGUAUAACCCCCGCUAUAGUAAAGUUCGCAUUGUAGCGCCGAGCAUAGUGGUAGAGGACGACCAUCAUCAUCACCACCGUCAUCACCUCCACCCACACAUCCACCCCUUACAUAUGCAUCCCAUCCACAAUCACCAUUCCGUUCGCCUCCACGGCCCUGGCAAAAAGCGCUGCCCGCCUCCACCACCGCCCCCUCCAUCGCGUAAUCCUUCGCGGUGUCGAGAGCCAGACCGCGAGCCAAUCUAUCGCACGCAAAUCGUAGAACCAGCACGCACGCAGGAAGUAAGAGAGACGACGCGUAUAGCACUGAGGGAAGUACGGCCAGAGAGGAGAGAGAGAGGGAGGUUGAGGAGAGUGGCGGGGUAUGAAGUUUUGGGUAGGGAGGUGCCAUGGAGUUGGGAUUGCGUUAGUAGUGCAGCUAGUGGGGGAGGGAGCAGAGGCGGGAGGAGUGGGAGUGGGCUGAGGUUUCCGCCUUUUGGCGGGAUGGAUCGAUGGAUGUGA